CCAAAAGACAGUUCUGGAAUCACAGUCACAGUCCAACCAUGAAAAGCCAACUACUCGUACUCAUCAUCUGCCUUAGCGCUGGUGCAGCCUUUGCUCAGGAGGAGGAGCUCAUUGAGAUCCUACCGCCAAGGACAACAAAGGCUCCUGAAAAGGGUGUCAGUGAUCCCAAAAUCAUUCGCAUUUUGGAAGACAACAGCAAGAAACUUGACAUCUUGGACAGGAAUACGCACACCAUUAGCAACACCCAAAAGGGCAUUGAAAACAAGUUGAAGGCCAUUGCCAGAGAUCUGUCCGAAAUUGAGCACAUCGAGGAUGACCUGAAGAAGCUGGAGAAGCUCACCGCAGACAAUUUCAAGUCGACGGCACAGGGCGUCAAAAAUUUGACGAACAACAUUAAAUCCGCUGAGGAUCGCACAGAUCGCGCCAUCCUUGGACUCAGUAAGACGCAACAGGAGAUCAAACAGGUGUUGAUCCAGGUGGAUGCCAAUCAAAACAAAUACGAAGCGGAUCUGAACAAUGUGGCCAAGUCUGUGCAUGAUCAUCUUGAUGGACUGGAUAGUGUACUUAAGCAGUCGGUGCUCAAGGAGUUGGUGAACUUGAACCAAGCAGCCAAGAAAUUGGAGAAUUCACAGAAGCACAUUGAGAAUAAGAUUGGAUACUUGGAUGAGCUUGCCGCUUUGACUGGCAUUACAGCAAAUAAGGUUCAGCUCCUUGAGCAGGGAGUGCGUUCGUUGAAUGUCUCGCAGCAGCUGCAAUUGUCCGCCAUUAGUGAAACAGUGCAUCAGGUUGGCUCCACCACCUGGCAGAUUGACAAUAAACUGGGCGUGCUGCUAAGCACUCAGAAGAACAUCGAACGUGGCCUCGAGGAAUGCAAGAAGUGUCAGCGUCAUCCAGCCCCAGAGCCCUACCAUGAGCCCAAGCAACAUGAAGACUCCUAUGCUGAGCCCAAGCACCACGAAGACUCCUACGCUGAGCCCAGAUACGCUCCCGAGUAUGGCCACAAGGAACCAUCCAAGUCAUCUUCAUCAUCAUCAUCGAACUCCGAAUAUGGCAGCGAUUAUUCCAACUCUAAUGCUGAGGAAGCUUCCUAUCUCUACCAACUGUGGUACGGCAAGGAUCAGAAGUAGUCGCCUCUAUUUCAUCUACAACAAAAUUUCAUUUAUUUAAUCUAACAACAAUUGCGUUUUGAUUUUUAAACUAAUAAAUGCACUUUCAUGUUGAGCCUCACAAUAA